CUCCAGCCCAGGCUCCAGUGCCAAGGCCCAAGCCCCUCGGAGCUGGGCCAGCACAAAGAAGCCUGGAGGAGGGCGGCGGCCUUCGGGGAUCCAGGUGGGGCACGCAGCUGUGUGAGCUACAGGACGUGGGGAGCAGGAGGGUGCCAGGAAGAAUGGUCAGACAGCUGUGGGCUUGGGGCAGCUGAUCCCUACCCUUUCCAGCUGUCCUCUCUCUGGCUGUCCCAGCGAGCAGCCUCCACCCCUCAGCCCUGCCUUCAAAGGCACCCUCCAUGCUGGGACCAUGUGGAGCUGGACAGGGUUGGAACCCACUCUCCCAGCCCCACAAAAGGUGCCAGCUCUAUGCCUUUCCCAUACUGGGCUAGAAGCCAUAUUCCUGGACUAGAUAUCUCUGUGGCUUAGGGACACCACUGCCCCCCCAGGUGUGGGCUAGGAUAAGGCACAGCCCCAGGUGGGGGCCCUGCAGUGGCAGAACAGACAGGCCAACGGGACGACCAGCACUGUGCUGACCUGGCCACCCCUUGGCACUUGCAGUAGGAUAUGUCUGUAGAGGGCCUGGCACCAAAGGCACCAGGGACACAGGACUUACUGGGACAUAGGCAGGCUCUCAGCACUGGGCUGUGUGUGUGGCCCAGGGCCAAGAGAAGGGCCCUUGCUGACAGAGAACCUUGAGGCCCAGCCUGUCCCUGCACCUCCCCGUGUUGGAAUGGAGGGUGGCAGAGCCCUGGGGUCCUGGAGUUAAGCUGGGGAGUCCCAGCUGCAACCACCUGGGAGCAGGAGAGAGGGGGGCUGUCAGAUUUAGGCCUGGGUCCAGAAUGCCUAAACAGAGAAACUGAGGCAGGACCCCACGUCACAGUUUGGAGGCACAGAGACCCAAGCCUGAGUGACUUUGGCCUGGGUCCCUUCUGGUGGGUGACCAGGGACCACGCAGUGUGUGUUUCCUUGCACUUUGAGCCAUGCAGCCAGGUCUGUCCUCAGGCCCUGGUGUCCAGAUAGCAAGAGCCGGGUAUUUGCCUAUGUUUUUCAAGUCAAAUGAUUCAGGGUCAAGCGCUCAAGGGGCCCUUCCUGCGGCAGGUGUCCCUGUGCCCGUAUAACCCUCCCCACACACUCACAGGGUGGGACAGGGCCUCUGCGCACCCAAGCCUCAGCCCUGCCCUCCCCCGCAGCCUGCCGACGGGGGUCUGCACCUCCUCCGCAGGGAGCUGGAGGGCCAAGCAAGGAGGAGGGAGAGUGCAGGGCCAGGACGAAAAGCCCUCCGGCCCCCAGGCGUUCAGACCUGACUCCCUCCUCGUAGCCUACUUCUCCCUGCAGGUGAUCUCGGCGCGCAGGGCCUUCCGCGUGUCGCCGCCACUCACGACCGGCCCACCCGAGUUCGAGCGCAUCUACCGAGCCCAGGUGAACUGCAGCGAGUACUUCCCGUUGUUCCUCGCCGCGCUCUGGGUCGCCGGCGUCUUCUUCCACGAAGGGGCGGCGGCCCUGUGCGGCCUGGCCUACCUGUUCGCGCGCCUCCGCUACUUCCAGGGCUACGCGCGCUCGGCGCAGCUCAGGCUGGGCCCGCUGUACGCGAGCGCGCGCGCGCUCUGGCUGCUGGUGGCGCUGGCGGCGCUCGGCCUGCUCGCGCACUUCCUCCCCGCCGGCGCCGCGCUCCUCCGACGGCUUCGGACGCUGCUGCCCGGGGCCUAAGAAGCAGGCCGCCCAGUCGGCGGACCGGGAAGAAAAGCCGGAGCCCGGGAAGAAAAGCCGCAGCCCGAGGAGGGCUGCUCGCCCCCGCCUGCCCUCUAAUUAAAGUUGUCGUGACUGGC